UUCCCGGUGCAACGGUGUUGGACACAAAAACCACGUGCAGCCGUGCACUCGUGCCCACAACUCCGCAAGAACAAACACAUGCUGAGUUGCUGACACACACGGUCACACCCACCACGUGGGGCGGUCUCGCGCUUUUUUGUUUUCCCCUUUUUUUUAGGGACGCUAUUUUGUUUUUUCUUGGAAGCCCACCCUGCCCCUAUCCCGACCCAGCGCCGCCGCCGCGCAAAAGCUACCGCGGGCUCAUCGCGAUCCGCCACGAACCGCACGGGGAGCGAAGACAAAUCACAUGCGUGCUUCCUCCACCGCCCAUUCGACGGCGACGACGAACCCGGCCGCCUCAUGGGGGGCGAAGCGCGCGCGCACCACCGCCCCCGGCGGUCGUGCGGCGGCGCGUUCGGCCGGUAGCUGCAGCUGCUGCGCGAGGGACUGGGAGAACCUGGGCGGGGAAGGCCCGGCCGGCCUGAUCGCGGAGCUCGUCCUCGCCAGCGACGUGGCCGACUACGUCCGCUUCCGCGCCGUGUGCCGCUCGUGGCGCCGGUGCUCGCCGGAGGACCCGCGCGACGCCGUGCUGGACGACCGCUUCCUCCCCCCGCAGUGGAUCAUGCUCGACAAGGCCUGCGCCCGCGCCCGCCCCGGCCGCCACCGCUUCCUCAACGUGUCCACCGGCGAGUGCAUCCGGAUGGACCUCCCGGAGCUCGCCGGGCACAAGUUGCUGGCGGUUACCCCGGAGGGCCUCCUCCUGCUGCUCCACGAGCCCACACUGGUCGUCCGCCUGCUUAACCCGCUUACGCGUCAUCUCACCGACCUUCCCCGGUUGAACGAGCUCCUGCAGACUAGAGGCUAUAAGUCGGCACGAAGUCUUCACGUGUAUGGCGUUGGCCUUGUCGCCGACGCCUCUGCAGUGGCAGUUUGUUUCUCCUGCCCCAUGGUGCUUGCCGUCGCUAAGCCCGGAGACGAGAGCUGGACCGUGGUCGACAAAGAAUACAUGAUUUCGACCUUGCCUUUCGCGGGGCGUUUUUACUGAGUCACCUACAGGGGAGUCAUGGUGCUAGACAUGAGCUCAGAUCAGCAGCCGCCGCGGCUGGUGGUGGUUGCCGACCGGCGGAAGGCAUCUCUUUUCUCGCUAAUGGCGCACGGCCUUCACCUGGUGGACAAUGGUGGGGAGCUGAUGCUGGUGCACCGAGCGCGAUGCCCGGGCCGCAGCAAGUUCAAGAGGAAGUAUGAUGUUUACAGAGUGGAUUUGGACGCUGGGAUCCUGAUCCCGGCCAAGGGCCUGAACGGGCGCGCCGUGUUCAUGGGCAUGAGGCGCACGAUCUCUGUAUCAGCAGGAAGGUGAUACCAUCUAUCUGGGACCCGAAUGUGAUGGGCAAACUCUAGGGUACAAUGUUGUAGAUGGAAGCAGAGAACCUUGCCGCUACAUCCCGUUCUGCCCGCGUAGAGCCGUGGACUGCCUCAGCUAUUGCAUCCAGGGCAUGGGUUGGCGACUUGCCCACCGGAAGCCUAGAGCCGGUGGAAAAAUAUAUCAAAACAAAAGGUUGGACUCAACCUUUUAUUACAUUUUCCCCUUAAAACUGAUGGAAAUUUAUGUUGAUGAUGGGGUAAAAUUGACCCUUCGUGGUGUUUGUACUGAAUAAGUUGCUUUGCCAGUGCAACUUCCCUUCAAUCUACAUCCAUUCUGGAAUGGCCCAGGAAGAAAGAUAGUUGCUCGCUUUUCCUUCCAUUCAGUUACUAGUUUCUUAUUAAGAAAACGGUCUAGUUCGUUGCUUAGG